UCCACUCCACUCCACUCCCUACCUCACCUCACCCCCCCUCCUCGCCUUUUUAGAGAGAGAAAGUGAGCUCGGAGGAGAGAGAGUCGCUCUCCCCACACCGAGCUAGAGAGAGAGAGAGAGAGUCACCUGCACCGGAGCAGCGGCGCGGAGGAGCUAGAGGUGUGUGUGGAGAGAGAGAGAGAGAGGGGGGGGGAGGGCGGCGGGGGGAGAUGGAGAGGCCGGCGCCGGUGAGGAAGUCCCACACGUCGACGGCCGACCUGCUGACGUGGCCGGAGGGCGCCAGCCAGGAGCUGGCCGCCGGGGCCACGCCGACGCCCAACCGCCGGCCGCACCAGCCAUCGGAGGCGAUCAGCAAGGUGGUGUUCGGCGGGCAGGUCACCGAGGAGGAGUUCGAGAGCCUCAACAAGAGGAAACCAUGCUCUGCUCCCAAGUGGAAGGAGAUGACAGGAAGUGGCAUAUUUGCAGCGGGAGGCGAGGUUGAGGAAGAUGAAUCAGCCAAUGCUUCUGUAACACCCAUCCGAACGGUAUCAAAGAAUUAUCAGGCAAUUAGUACCAUAAGUCACAUCUCAUUUGCGGAGGAAGAAAGUGUCUCUCCAAAAAAGCCAACUUCGAUAGCUGAGGUGGCCAAGCAGCGCGAGCUAAGUGGCACGCUUCAGAGCGAGGAUGACAGCAAGAUGAAGAGGCAGAUAUCCAAUGCGAAAUCAAAGGAGCUCAGUGGCCACGACAUCUUUGCGCCACCAGAAGACCCUAGGCCACGCAACUCGGCAAAUGGCUCAACAUCACAAACCCCAGGCCAAAAUGCACAGGUGAGCAACAUCACGUUUGGGGAGGCUGACACCGACAGCGUGGUGAAAACCGCGAAGAAGAUCCCGGAGAAGAAGCUGACGGACCUGACCGGCAACGACAUCUUCAAGGGCGACGCGGCCCCCGGGACGGCGGAGAAGCACCUGAGCACGGCGAAGCUGAAGGAGAUGACCGGCAGCGACAUCUUCGCGGACGGCAAGGCGCCGUCCCGGGACUACCUAGGUGGGAUCCGCAAGCCCCCCGGCGGCGAGAGCAGCAUCGCGCUGGUCUAACAAAAAAUCCUGAUGGAUGGAUGGACAUAGCCCUACUACUGCUACAUUCUUGGAUUCGAUCCCGUUGCCGCCAUUAGGAGUGAUUGAUUUUCCUCUAGGAGAGCCCUCUUUUCUUUCUUCCUUCUUUGAUGAGACUGAUCGAUUGAACUGCCUGCUGCAUGGUUUGUUUCCGUUUCUUUUUCUUGGCUUUUUUUUCCUUUUCUUCCUUCUUUAAUCUGAUCGAUGGUGUGAGUGCGGCAAAGCAACGGUGAUGGAUAUCUAAUUUAACAUUUGGUGUGCAUGUGAUUAUGCUGUUGUGGUUGGGAUGGAUGGUUGCUUGGUUUGGUUGGUUGGUUGGUUGGUUGUGGCGUACCUAAUUGUAACAACCCAAUGGGUGUAUUUGUUCUAGACUUCUAGUUGCAUGACUUGAUGUCCCA